AUGUCGACGACGAACCCGAACAUCAUCCAAUCGCGCCCAAUCGUCCCCCACAUCCGCACGCAAUGCCCCCAAUGCCACACCGCCCUCGAAUUCCCUGUCACCACACAACCUCGGCCAGGCUCACUCCUCCAAAUUCGCUGCUUCUCUUGUAAAUCCGUCCUCACCCACGCGUUCUAUCCCAACCAACUCACCUCGACCUCCACAUCCAAUUCUGGGGGCGCUUCCACUUCGUCUUCCCAUAGACCGUCUUCAAGCACCGCAGGUCCAUCAACCGCACAGCCCAAUAUACGAGUAGGAGGAGGGAAGCGUAAGAUCGGAACACAGGAACGCCCUCUCGAGACAGGGUACUACGACAUACUCGGUGUCGCCGUCGAUGCUACUACAGACGACAUCAAAAAAGCCUAUCGUCGAUUGGCCAUCAAACAUCAUCCUGAUAAGAAUCCAGACGAUCCUCAUGCCGAAGAACGGUUCAAAGAGAUUGCAAUAGCCUACCAAACACUAUCCGACCCCGUCCUCCGCUCUAAAUACAACGAAUUCGGGCCGAAGGACUCUGCGCCAGAAGGAGGAUACGUCGACCCGGAGGAGGUCUUUGGGGCGAUCUUCGGUGGAGAGCGGUUCCUCCCCAUCAUAGGACAGAUUAGCUUGGCGAGGGAUAUGAAAGCAGCACUUCAGGAGGCCGACGAGGCGGAGGGCGGCGAAGCGGAUGGUAAGAAAUUGAGAGAUGCUAAAGGGAGGGAAAUACUCAGUGAGGAGGAGAAAGCGAAGAAGGAAGAGAAGGACCGUGCUAAGGCUGCGGAGAAAGCGGCGGCGCGCGCAGAGAGGGUACAGAAGCUCGUGGACAAUCUCACUCGCAAACUGGGGAUCUUCUCAGAAUCUGCGUCGGGCCCUAAUGACCAAGAUGUGGCGACAAGCUGGAAGACGAUAUGUCAAAUCGAAGCCGAAGAACUGAAGAAAGAGUCGUAUGGUGUGGACCUGCUACACGCCAUCGGGUUUGUAUACGCCUCCAAGGCGAAACAUCAUCUCGCGACGAACCAGUCAUUCAUGGGCGUUGGGGGGUGGCUGCAUAAUGUGCAAGGCAAAUACCAUGUCUUUAGUGAAACCGUAUCAACCCUCCGUUCGGCCAUCGAGCUCAAAGCCGUAUUCGAUCAGAUCCAGGCAGCGGAGAAAGCAGGCAACCUCAGCCCUGAGGAGAAGAGAAAACUGGAGGAACAAGCUGCCGAGAAGGGAUUACAGGCAUUAUUCAAGGGAACCAAACUCGAAAUCGAAUCAGUCCUACGGGAGACGUGUGAUCGUGUGCUCAGCGACCCUUCAGUACCUCGAGAGAAGCUGCAACUUCGUGCUGUGGCGCUGCAACUGCUCGGCGAGGCAUAUAUGGCCGUCAAGAAAGAUGGUGAGGGUGUCGACGAGACGGAGUAUGUGAGAGUGGAGACGAAGGGUAGUCGGGCUAGAGAAGGUAGGGUGUAG